AUGACUGAACCAAUCCAAAAUGAAGUGAAUACCACAAUUGAAUUCAAUACAUCUGACCACAGUAAUGACGAUUUGAACACGGCGGAUGACGAGAGGAACUUUGAAGAAAAGGGUUUGAAUGUUCUCCCAGGAAUUGUGGAACCAAAUAUGGCUUAUAGCCUCCAAACUGCAGAGGGCGACUUAAAAGCUAAACCUAAUGAUCCUUUAGUGUCGACGCACAAUGACGAUGUUUUGGUUCCACCAUUGGAGGAGGCAAGCACUGAUCGCAGUAAAGAGAAUGUGAGUACUCCCUUAUCCGUAGGGGAAAACAGGACCGCUUCGUAUUCAGAGGAAAAAGAAGAUAUAAUCAAGGAGUACCACAGUCAUAACGAAAGUUCUAGUCGGGGAGUGCAAAUGUCUGCUGAAAGCGGAAUACACAGCACGACUGAGCCAAUUAUCAAUGAAUUAGCAAGUAUUGAUGAACCCGUCACACCCAAGAAGUUAUACUCAUCUUGUGAGGAUGGCUCUGGAAUGCAAUCCGAUCAAAAUACGACUGUAGAAGUGCACGCGGCAGAGGACGAUAAGCGAAUGGAUCCUGUAAGAGAGGUCACAGAGCCUGUUGAAAUGACAACCAGUGCGUCUACUGGAUUAUCCAAUGAGGGCCGCCAACUUGAGGAGGAGACGGCUAAGGUAGAAGAUGCAAUCCAUAGUUUAAAUGCACCUCCUCUUCCCUUGAGAAGUCACCUAGCAACUGAAUUGGCUAUUGAAACGCCUUCUCGAGCACCAGAGAAUGAAAUAGAACCUAGCCCAGCUAAUUCACAAUCCCCGGUAUCGCCUACGCUACCCCCUCGAAAUCUUAAUAAGCGCAAGCAAUAUGCGGUACCACCUCCUUUUGCAGAAGAAAUGAGAUCACAAAAAUUUAGACAAAAUUUGGCGAUGACGACAGGGGCUCCUCCUGUUCCCCCACGAUCAAAAGGCGCUGCAAAAGCUAAUAGACUAGCUUCUGCUGCUGAAAUCAAUCUGAUCGCUAACAGAUUGCGUCAAACAAGUCAUCACUAUCAAAGGGAGGAUGAUGUUUCGAGAGAAUAUUUAGAUAAGGGUAAGGAUAUGCUUAAGAGUUCCUUUUCAACUUUUCUCGAAAGUCUGCCAUCCACUCCUACAAUGACAGAGCAACCAUUUACCAAGGAGGAAGAAAGAGGCCACAUUGAGGAUAAUGACAAACAUGUUGUGAUAGAUUGGGAAUUUUGGACUCGUGUAGUGAAUGAUUUUCAAUCAGUUGCCAGUGAGCCUGAAACAUUAGAAGAGAAAAUUACCGACGGUAUUCCAUCACAGAUUCGUGGUAUCAUUUGGCAAUUGGUUGCUAACUCCAAAUCAAAAGAGUUCGAGGAUAUAUAUGAGACCCUUUCUAAUACAAAAUCACCCCACGAAGCCAGUAUCCGUAGAGAUUUAAGGAGGACCAAAUUCCUUCCAGAAGAUAAAGUAGAGUGUCUCCUGAGAAUUUUAACAGUGUAUUCAAUUUAUGAUCCCGAUGUCGGAUACACUCAAGGGAUGGCGUUCAUUGCCACACCGCUGAUACUCAACUGCAAGACUUCGGCUGAGGCACUCGGAUUACUUAUCAGGCUAAUGAAGUUUUAUGGUUUGAGAGACCUGUUUUUACCCGAUAUGCCAGGUUUAAUGAUUCUGUUAUAUCAAUUUGACAGAUUGCUUGAAGAAAAUUCUCCUCAAUUGUACAACCAUUUAGCGAGACAAGGUGUACGCUCAUCUAUGUAUGCGACACAGUGGUUUUUGACUUUCUUUGCUUAUAAGUUUCCGCUUGGUUUUGUGCUACGUAUUUUUGAUAUUGUCCUUAUAGAGGGCAUCGAAUCGAUAUUGAGAUUUGCAGUCAAUUUGAUGUUAAAGAAUUCAGAAGCUUUGCUGGCUCUCAGUUUCGAUAGAUUACUCGACUAUUUGAAGAACGAACUCUUCAAUUAUUACUUGAAGGAAUCGAUUGAAUCAAGGAAUCAUGGGACUCUUUCUCGUGAGGGAAUGGCAGGCAGUGAUGAUAGCGAUACUGGUUCUGUGUUAAAGAGAGAAAUAACAUCUGUCAGUCAAACACAAUUGACUAAUACUGGAUCCAUUGCUAUCACGGAUGAUGAUUAUGACAUUGAACUGUUUGUGCAUGAGGCAAUGCACGAUGUUCAUGUUACACCAAUUAGUUUGAAAAGAUACGCAGCAGAAUACGACGAAAUCCAUCAAAUCGAGCAACAGAAGGAGGCUCAAUAUGAAUCGAUCAAGAUAAAAAAUAAACAAUUACAAAUGGAAGUUCGCAAGUUGGAGCAUGAUUAUACGUUGCUCAACAAAGAGCAUGUAGAGAUUGCAAAUGAACUGAUCAAAAACAGAUUGAAAAUCGAGACAUUGCUGGACGAAAACAGUGAUCAAAAGCUAAUUAUCUUAGAACUCAAGAAACAGCUCGAGGAGGAAAUGCGUAGGCAGGCUCUACCUAAUCCGGAUGCAGACAUACCUAGUGAUAUACGGGAAGAUUUGGACCGAACUAUUAGACGUAAUGCAGAAGUUAUGAGUGAAAAUGCAAAAUUGCAGGAUAAGAUAUCAGAACAAGAAAGAAUUAUUUCUGAGCUUAAAAUUGCUAAUCAUGGCGAAUCACGAAUACCAUUACUGGACUCCAAACCUCCAUUGGCGAAUAGUUGGUCUGGUUUCAAAAAAGUUUUUAAGUAG